AGCCUAAUCGCAGGGCACCAUCUCAAGCAUGAGGAUACUUCUUUAUACUUGUUUAUUUUUCUUCGUUCGAAUUGGUUAGAAAAUAUAUCAUAUUUACAAUUACAUCACAUUCAAAAUAACCGCGUAUCAUCUGCUAUCUAGACUUUUCUCUAAGGCAGUAACUUACAGUUUAGCAGUAAAGGAUUUAUGCAUUCGUGAACCUAAAUGUGAGUUUUGGGCUCCUCUCUUCUCCCAGACACAGGCCGUGAUUGUUGUCAUACAGUAAAUAGUUUGAGGUAGUUGCUGUUAGACGUGAAGUCUGACCAUGGAAAACAGUUUAACCAGAAGAGCAGACCCUCAGGGGGACAGCAACUCAGCACAGACUGACUUUCACUGGAAGCGCAGCGAUAACUCCUUCGCCUUUAACUUCCUUCCAGCAGCCUCAUCCUCCCUGACCCACGCCAUGGCUGCUGCUGCUGCGGAAGCCCAGGCACAGCCCAGGCAGGGUGAGGGGUCAGACACUGGCUCCAGUUUCGCUUUCAACUUCCAGAUUCCAUCAGGAACGGCACCAAGUACUGGGCAGGAAAAUGGGGCCACGCAGGCAGGAAAAACAGAGAUGGAAGUAACAGCCAUUGAGCCAAAUGCAGACUCUUCAAAAAGUAAAGCCAAGAAGAAGAAGAAAAAGAAAGGAGGAGGAGGAGGGAAGGAGGAUGGGCUGCAGAAUAAAAUGAUUGAAGAAGCUCCUAAACAGGAGAGCACAGAACUGUCUCCAGAGCAGCAGCUGAACAGAGAACUGGACUGGUGUAUUGAGCAGUUGGAGUUGGGUUUGAAAACUCAAAAAUCAUCCACCAAACAAAGAGAGGAUGCCAGUCGAGCUCUGAAGACCCUGCAAAGCUCCAAAGCUCAAAUGGUGAAAAAGAGGCAGGUGAUGAGAUCUAUGUGCGGAGAUUACAGGAGAAAGAUGGAAGAGGAGAAGAACAGACAAUUCAAGCUCAUACAGUCAGCAAUGACCUCGGCAAAGGUCACCGUUGUGUCAGAACCUUCCCGCAAACCAGUGUUCCACCGCCAUGCAGAGACGAAGACACACACAACAUCCAAUACGGACAAACCCCAGGACACACAUGGACUUUCACGUGCUGCAGAGCAGACUGAUGCAGACAUGAGUCUGUUUGUUUUCAGGCCAUCCCAAGAGGAGUUCCGUUUCAACUUUGACCUGUGAUUGCAUGUGAGCAUAGUCUUUACCUAGAACAACUGUACACUGCAGUACUGGAGUAUAUCACUUUACACCUGACUGUUUUCAUAAACUGACCCACAUGCAGUACAUAUCAGUCAUGGAUAAGACUUUGACUUUGGUGAAUAAAGAUUUAGAAAGAUUUA